UUGCGCAAAAAUUGUUUCUGCUGACCUACUGUGUGUUGUUCAUGCACUUUAGCAGCUGUUCGCAGCGCUUCAGCUGCUUCAGCCCCAAGUUUUCUUGCCAAGGUGCAGGUGUAUCACCGCAACUCGACGAGGCGGCUAUAUUACAGCUAAUUGCCGCUGGGCCACUCGUAAACGCUGCUCCCUAGCUCAAGUGAGAGCUUUGGAGGAGCAUGGCUACAACUACCAUGGAGCAGAUAGGCCAUGUUGACGAACUUCGCGCCUUGCAAGCAAGCCUAGGUGAUCUGACGCGCAACCAGGGCUUGCUCUUGGACACAGUACAGCAGGAAAACAACCGCUUUGCUGACGCCUUGGGGAGUCUCGAUGAUGUGCUGCAGCGGGCACGAGUGUACCAGGCCAAAUUGGUGCGCAUCAAACGCGACAUGGCAGAGCUUCAGCAGAGGAGUAGCCGCUUGCGCAAGCGUGCCUUGCGGCUGCAGCAGCUGAAGCAGAAGGAGGCCUUGCAGGCUGAGCAGCAGCGCCAGCGAGACCUGGAGCGCACACGGCAGUUGCAGCCACGUGUGGCCCCGCAGUUGGCUCCUCCUUAAAUGAGCUAGCCCAUCCACUGAACCUUCAUUGCCCAAAAUGCAGAGAAAAGAAGAUGCUACUACCUGCAAGAUGUUCCUCCUCCUGCUCUCUAAAUGAAACAAAUGACUGAUCCAGCUUGUAGGUGAGCCACGAUUGACUGAGCUUGCAAAGAGUUUUAUGACAGUAGGGAUCUUGGGCUUGUUGAUAUAUAUUCCAUGAGAGCGUGUGUUGUGCUGAGUACAUGGCACAAGAGUGAUAGCUGACAUGGUUAACUGCCGUCUUCCAGGAUAAGGUACUGUGGCGAUGCUCUUGAGCAUGUGUUUAACGAUGCACUUGGUAACCGGUGCCUGUAUAACUAUGUUCUCAGAAAUAAGGAGGCUGAAUGUUUAGCGCUAUACAGUGCUCAGUAAGUUAUACGAGAUACACCAUAAGUCCUCCUCAGUUGUACUAUAGCACUGCUUUCUGUGACAAAGCGGACAGUUACUGUGGAUAAAGGGGAAAUUAUGGCAAGAACAGCUCUAGAACUUUAGUAGUAGAUUUUAGAAGGCACGCCACUACAAAUUUGCAUAACCAUUGCCACGAAAGAUCCACCAUUGCAUGUUCCUUGGCAUUUCUUUAAAAGUUUCCUGGAACCCAAAUGAGGAGCGGCAAGGUGUACAAGUGUCAUUGUGAUAGUAAUGCAACAAUGGUGUACAUGUGCUCUGAACAUGGCGAGAUCGUUUGACAUGCGAUGCUGCUCGUCUGUUUGGUUUGUACUUCGUACUGUUCCUACUAAAAGACGUAACAUGCCUGUUUAGUUUUCGUGCAAAUUGUUUUGCUUAUUUAAACUGUUAUGAGAUGGGCCUGUCAUACCAUCAACAGCUUGUUUCUCCUACAUCAUGCUUGCCUGCAAACUAAAUCAGCACUUUAGUCUCUUGCAAGUCUAGAUGCACUAACAAAACACCUCGAGGGUGUCCAUCUCUACAAGCACUGCAAAGACAAUACAAUUUUAGGUUACUCAGAAAGGAGGUGUAUCCAGCAGUCAUAGAAGGAAUGUGCUUGGUGAAGGCAAGUCUGCCAGUGACAUGCAAGCAUCCCAUAUAACUAGCAAACAUUCCUGUGUGAUGACACUUUACAAAGGGCUUUCUUUUUCUGAUUUUUCGUUGAAUGUCGCCUCCUUUCACCACUUCACCUGACCAACUAUACCUCACACAGGGUAAGUGACAACUCAGGAUACAAUACAGUACAAAUACUAUGGGAUGUGCAAUAUGAAUCAGUUAUCAGACUGUCUAUGCAUGUGUGAAACCUUUUUUUUUUCCCCUCUGAACAAAAUGAUGUGCAAGAAGCCUCGCAAAUAAAUAGGACCUCAGCUGAUUUGAUUGGUGCACUGGAAAGUGAAUAUGAAAGGUUAUGUAUCGGCUUCAUAAAGUUAAGAAUUUUCAACCUUCUGUGCAACAGAAGGCAUGCACAGAUUGUUGCUUACUCCUGCACAAAAUUGUGAACUUAAAUAGAUUGAAUUUGUGAUGGUUAAUGUUUACUACUUCUUGUGUAAUAGAUUGUACUGCACAUGAUUAUGCAUUAAAAAUAUUUGCUCUUUGGCUUCCUCUGGUCAUCUAUCAUUUGCUCCUAAAAUCAUUGCCAAAUUUUGCUUGGUCAUACUCACACAUUUAAAUAGAAAUGUUUUUGUACAUUUCAUUUCUAUAGUGCCAAAAUGCUUUGUACGUGUUGAUGAGGAAUAAAAGCUAUGAAUGGCUUUUGUCUUCAGAAUAA